UUGAUGACAACAGGGAAGCGUGAGGUACCUCGUUUAGACGUUUAUUUACUUUAAGAUAAAAUGCAAUUAAGAAGUGGUUCAAAAACAAAAGAAAAAGCAAACAUGAAGAAAAAAAGCACAAAGAAGCUUGAUACGAGAAAUGUUUCGAAGAAAAAGAGAGAAGAGGACAUUACUUGCAGUCAGAGGUCUUGGUCAAACAAGUGUCUGAAAACUGUUGGAGUGAUGCUAUUUAUUAUUUAUGUACUGAUACCUGUGAUAGUGAAGACCAAUAGCUGGAUAAUGAGCAGAGUUGUGUUUUUACCAAUGUUUAGGCCUGAUAUGUUCAAAGAUGUCAGCAAACCUGAGAUGUAUGGUUUAAACUCAACUAGGAAUUUCUAUAUUGAAGACAAUGGUGUUAAGUUGGGUGCUUGGCAUGUUUUGCCACAGUCUUUAGCUAAAGAAGUAGGGAACGAAAAACAGCAUAUAACUUCCCUUCAGGAUGGAAAACCUAUUAUUUUAUAUUUACAUGGACAAUCUGGUACAAGGGGCUCAGGACAUCGCAUUCCAUUGUAUGCAGUGCUAUCUUCAUUAGAGCUUCAUGUUAUAGCUGUGGACUAUAGGGGUUAUGCAGAUUCUGAAGGCCCAUUUCCUUGUGAGCCUGGUUUGAUAAGAGAUGGUAAAGCUGCCUACAAGUGGAUAAAAGAGAGAUCAAAAAACACACCUAUCUUUUUGUGGGGACAUUCCCUGGGAGCUGGGGUUGCUACGCAGCUAGCCAAGGAACUGUGCAGUGAAGGCAGAGCUCCAAAGGGUAUGAUCUUGGAAUCCCCUUUCAAUAAUCUCCGUGAGGCAGCAAGCAGCCAUCCCUUAGGCUUACUGUGGUGGUUUUUACCCAUGUUUGAGUGGAUAUUCAUCAAUCCAAUUGAAGAAAAUGACAUUCACUUCCAGAAUGAUGAGCACAUUUCUGCUGUGACAUGUCCCAUCAUGAUUCUCCAUGCAGAGGAUGAUUACAUGGUGCCUUAUGAACUGGGAGUGAAGUUGUACAAGAAGGCCGUUUCCUCAAAAGAAAAAGGUGCAGGUGCAGUGAAGCUGGUUUCUUUUGAUAAAUCCGAGGGUCUUGGACACCGUGAUAUAUACAAGUCUUCCAAUUUACCAGCUACUUUGAGACAAUUCAUUGCAGAAACUUCAGGACAGAAGGCAAACUCGGGUCAAUCAGAAGAUUGAACUAUGCACUAAAAUUUUAGGAAAUGAUAGAACAAAGUUUUUUCUUCUUAAUAUUAAAUCUAGAUGUUUGUGUGUGUUUGUAGUACCCCGUGAUUUAAAUUGUUAAGAUUUUUUUCAUUAAUUCUAACAUUGGAAGAGAAAGGAAAGCUAAACCCGAACUGAAUUAUGAAAUUAUUAUUUGCUGUCUUUAAUUAUUUAUGAAAUAUAUGGUAUUUAAAUGUCACAGUUGAACACUUUGAAUCUAAGUAUUUACAAACUGCUCAUCUUUUAUCACUGAAUGAUUCCAUUUGGCAUGAAUUAUUAUAUUAAACAUUUUAUCAAGAAAAGACAGCACCAGUAGUGAUAAAUGAUAAGUAUAUGAUAUUUGACUAAAUCAGGGAAUAUACAGAACCAGUUUAUAUUGACUCGAUUGAGACCUUUUCUUCUCAAAUUACAUUUUAUGUAUUUAUUGAUUGAUCAAAUAUCAGUAUUAGUUUUUUUUGGAAUCAUCAAUUUUUAUCCUAAGCUUGCAAUUACAUGCACGUGCUGAUGAUUUCUUCAUUACAUUAAUGAUUUUACUUCUGUUUAUGAAAUGUGCUUAGAUAUUAGAUUAUUUUUCUAUUAAAAAUGUGUAUGGUCAAAUUUCUCUCCUGUAACCCUUAUUUUGAAAAUCCUUGUUUUCUUGGAUUAUUUAAGAAUGUCAUGUUGGUGAUAAUAUUCACAAUUAUGUAUCACUGGCCUUCUACAAUGAAUGUGCAAUUAUGUAUGCAAUUUCAAUGCAAUUUGAGAAUAAAGACAAAUUCA